AUGGCUAUUGUCGACCCGACGACCAAACAAUCCCCAGCUUACAUUCGUUCUACUAGUUGGGCAGAUGGCCUUCGAGGAAUUGCCGCUCUUUUCGUUGUCGCUAGCCAUACCUGUCUCUCUUUUGCAACCUAUCUGAUUCCGCCAUCCUUUGCAGAAACGGGAAAAUCUAUUUUAUUCCAGCGUCCUUUCUUUCGACUGGUCAUACAGGGCCAGGCCUGGGUUGCUGUUUUCCUUGUCUUACUUGGAUUCGUGAAUGCCCUGAAGCCUCUCCAGCUAGCCCGACGGGGGGCUACCUCCGAUGCCCUCGCUACACUUUCGACAGGCGCAUUCCGCCGCAAGGGGCGUCUGGUCUUCCCCGCUGCUCUCAUAACCUUUUUGGCCUGGCUCGCAUGUCAGUUUGGCGUAUUUCAAUUGGGUCGAAGGGUAGAUGCAUACUGGCUUAGAGCGACAAGUCCUAAGCCAAGCCCAUCUUUAAUCACAGCGGUGGCAGAUUUGUUCCGCCAAAUUGCGGGUACUUGGAUGUAUGGCGAAAAUGCUUAUGACCAGCCGCAGUGGGCGUUGCUCCACCUUUUCCGAGGCUCCCUGUAUGUCUUCAUGACCUUGCUGGCCUUGGUAAACACCACGCCACUGUUUCGCCUUUGCGCCCAGGUGGUCUUAUAUUCUUAUAGCUGGGCAACUCUAGAUGGGACGAUUGGGACCAAUAUUUUCGCCGGCAUGAUACUUGCCGAGCUAUCAUUCUACAACCUGACAGCCCUUCGACCGCGGGCAUUAUUCAAAGUCCUGCCUUACGGCCUGGUCACCCUCGGUCUUUACAUUUGCUCAUACCCAGACCAAUAUGCCGACCAGACCGCGUGGUCAUCUCAACUUGCAACUCUUGCGCAGACUAUCUUCCCCGAAAAUGCCAAUGUUAGCCGUUACUAUGCCAGCCUCGGCGCGCAGAUGGUAUGCUUUGGGGUGAUGCUUUCGCCCUUGAUGCGGCGGAUACUCUCCCACCCUAUUUUGUUGUGGCUAGGAUCUAUCAGCUUUCCGCUCUACCUUGUCCAUGGGCCGUUGAUGCGGUCCGUUCUGGUGUAUUUGGUUUAUCUUCCGAUGACCAUUGGGUUCAAACCGGCAUUGGGGGCGGAUGGCAUGCCUGAUCCAGAGUCGUAUAUUCCAACACCAAAUCCAUUUCGACUUGGGGUGAUUCUGAUUAUAUUCUUUGUGUUCCUGCUUUAUGUUGUCCAACAAUGGACCGUACACGUGGAGCCAAAGAUGGGCGCGCUUACAGCUGAAUUUGAGAAAUUUUCUCGCUCUUGGGGAAAGACUGCGAUGUGGACCUCAAAAGAGAAGGAUGGGAUAUUGCCGAUAUCCUCUGUAAAGGAAGUAUCUGCAUAA